AUGUCAUCAAUAACUUCCAGUGAAGUUAUUGAGCCAGUGACUGUAUAUAUAAAAUCGGGGUAUUAUCCACUUAUUAACAACUCAAUUGAAAUCACAAAAUGGACAUUUAAAAACAGUACAAUACCACUCCCACUCACAUUGACCAAAUAUCCCAAUGAAGACCCACCAGUUAUAACAGGUGGAGACAAAAUUCCGAUAUCUUCAUUUCGUUCACUAAACUCGGAAACCGAUAAAGCACAAUACGAAAAAAUUCAGAGUUCAAAAAAGUACAUUAAAGUGUGUGAUUUGGAUAAGUUGUAUGACCGAAUUGACUUAGGAAUUUUUGAAGCAAAUUUGAAUGCUGAGAUUUAUGUCGACGACAAGCGGUUCCGUGUAGCUCGAUAUCCAAACUAUGAGUACACAGACACUUCACACCAAACUGAGAGAAUAUUCAUAUUACCACCAACGGACACCUCCGUUCAACUCACACCAAAUGUGACUGGAUAUUACAUUCCAAAAAAAGAAAUUCUUUGUGGCAAUGAGACGACUUUUAAAAGUGAACAGAGUGUGAAUGGAAAGUACUAUUAUCUCUAUAAGAACGAUUCCAAUUACUGGACACUAUCAACGCGCUUUGAUUGUGGUGUCCCGACACAAAAUGAUGGGGCUUAUUUCACGGUCAAGCGAGCUGAAAUGGUGGGAGAAGUCAAAGCUAUUGAAGCGUCUGGCGCAAAGGGCAAUCCUAUGCUUCAACAGCCAAAUUACAUUUACAGAGGAAAUAUGUGGACUGCUUAUGUACCAGACAACGUUGGUAAAACAUUUUAUUAUGCAAAUGACAAAUUAGAUGAAUAUGCAACAUAUGACUCUGUGUGGAUGAGAGGGUAUUGGCUCAUCUUUUCACAAGACCAAGCAGUCAAGGGAAAGAUCGAUAAAAACAAAAGAACAUUAACUAUUGAUAGAGCUUUGGGUGGUUCAGAUUACGUAGGGAUGACAAGUGGAAUGCCAUUCUAUAUAUACAACUUGAUAGAAGAACUGGAUGAAGAGGGUGAAUACUAUAUUGAUUAUGAAAAAAAAGAAAUUGUAUAUCUACUUGCCGACUACUAUUGGUAA